AUGGAUAAACCCCGAGAAGUGGAAACUCUGGCUGAAGGACGACGCUUGUAUGUGGUUCAGGGCCAGAAGUUUGAAGUAACUAAAUCUCAUAAGCUUUUGAAGCUGGUGGGCUCCGGUGCGUAUGGGUCUGUAUGCUCUGCGAUAGAUGAGGAUAGUGGUGAACGUGUGGCUAUAAAGAAGGUGCCUCGAGUCUUUUCCGAUAUAAAGGAGGGUAAGCGUAUCUUAAGGGAGAUGGAUAUACUGACGACUCUCCAUCACAGUAACCUGAUACGCCUCCGGCAAUUCAUUCGUCCGAUACGAAAGGACGAGUUCGAGGAUAUUUACAUGGUAAUGGACUUGUAUGAUACCGAUCUACAUCGCAUUAUUCGAAGCAGGCAGAAGCUGACGAAUGAGCACUACCAAUACUUUAUGGUUCAGGCAUUUCGAGGCAUCUGCUACUUGCACACUGCAAAAGUAAUGCACCGGGAUCUAAAGCCAAGCAACCUUUUAGUGAACGCUGAUUGUGCACUGGCAAUCUGUGACUUUGGACUGGCGCGUGAUGAUCAAUGGACAGCGUCGGCUGCCCUCACAGAGUAUGUCGUGACGCGUUGGUAUCGUCCCCCUGAGGUACUAGGGAUGGGGUCACAUCAGUACACGAAUGCAGUAGACGUUUGGAGCCUGGGGCUUAUUUUUGCAGAGUUGCUGGUAGGUAAAACAUUGUUACCGGGUCCGGAUUACAUUCGCCAGCUAAUUAUGAUUGUACAUCUACUCGGGACUCCUUCAGUCAAUGAUAUGGAGUUUCUUAGUGACGAAGCAAGGAACUUUCUCCUUGCACAGCCACCCCAAAAGGCUCGACCGUUUACCGAGCUCUUUCCAAUGGCGACGCCUGAGGCGGCGGAUUUGCUCUCGAAGCUGUUGGUAUUUCACCCUGCUAAGAGACUUACAGCGAAGGAUGUAAUGGAGCAUCCAUACUUUGUCAAGUUUAGAGACGCCAAGGGCGAGGCUAUGGCGAAGGAGCCGUACGUGUGGCGGCAUAACGAGGAGCUAACGCUAGAAUCCCUUCGUGAAGAGAUGUGGCGUAUCAUUCUGGCGCAUUCACCCGAGCCCUAG